UGCGAGCCGCUUCAUCUGUCUGCGGUUCGGUUCUGACAGGCUUACCUUCCAGCCGGGCCGAGAGCCGGGACCAGAACCGCGACCACAACCGGGACCAGGACGAGGACGUAACCCAGAGGGAGCAGCAGAGCCGGUACCGGUACCGGCAUCAUGUCCCGGGGGGAGCAGAGAGACGAGGCGGACUGUGUCUGUUCGGUCGGGAUGAAGCUGAACUGGGACAUCAACGACCCCAAACUACCGCAGGACCUGAAACAAUUGGACCAAUUCCAGGAGUGGACAGACGGUUAUGUCCGCUACAUCUACAGUGCCGACGAUAAGAACGCCCAGAGACACCUGUCAGGCUGGGCCAUGAGGAACACCAACAACCACAACUGCCAGAUUCUGAAGAAGUCAUGCCUGGGGGUGGUGGUGUGUUCGGGCUGCGCCCUGCCGGACGGCGCCCGCCUGCAGCUGCGCCCUGCCAUCUGCGACAAGGCCAGGCAGAAGCAGCAGAAGAAGAUGUGUCCAAACUGCAGCGCUGCUCUGGAGCUGCUGCCCUGCCGCGGACACAGUGGAUACCCAGUCACCAACUUCUGGAGGGUCGACGGCAAGGCCAUCUUCUUCCAGGCUAAGGGCGUCCAUGACCAUCCCAGACCAGAAUCCAAGUCUGAGACGGAAGCCAGAAGGAGUUCAGUGAAGAGACGAGUCAGUUCCCCUCCGUUCACACCGAAGAGACGCCUGAUGGAGAGCCAGGCUUUAGGCCCCGCCCUCCUCUGUGUGGAACCAGCAGAAAGGAUUUCCUUCAUUGAGCCGAACUUCCCGCAGCAUUACCCACAAUUCCAGGGCAGCGAGCCCUACUACAACCCCCACAAUGCACUGGGAGAGGCCCCGCCCACCCUACAGAAACCAGCCAACCCAAGACUGUACAUGGGCCGACCCGGCUACGACUUCCAGGGAUACCUGGCCUCACCUUCGUAUCCUGUGACCUCUGACCUAUGCGACCCCAGGGUAACGCCAGUCCUGGGCUCCUCUUCGGCGCCUUCAUCUUCCUCGGCUCCGCUCUCAUCUUCUUCAUCCUCCUUCGAUCCGCAGACGAAGGCGCCGCCGGCCUGGAAGGAGCUCCUGAAGAGCUCCGCCCCCUACGCCGAUAACCACCACUACUACAGCGCCGAGUACCCCUGCCGUUACUCUGGCAACGCCCCGGGGUCGCCCGCUGGUCUGCAGACUAUCAUCACCACGACAACCAAGGUGUCCUACCAGCCCUGUCCCAAGCCUCCGGGGGCGCUGCCUCCCUACCAGUCCUGUCCCAAACCGUCGGCUGGCCUGCCGUCCUACCAGCCCGCCAAAGCCGGCGGUCUGCCCGGCUGCUCGUCCCUGCUGGAAGACGCGUCUCCGUCCUCGUACUCCACCGAGGUCAAAGUGACCGAGGAGUCCGGCGGAGUCAUCAAGUCUCUGUCGUUUCCUCCAGAACCUCUGCAGACCAAGACAGAGCGGCUGGACCCCUACGACUACCACUACGCCUACCCCAACGCCUAUCGCUAUGACGACUACUGACUCAGCACCGACUCUGCCGCCAUGGCAACUGAAGCUGAUGAACCAGACUUCAGGUUCAGGUUCUGACCCGAAUCAGCAAACCUUCAGAGGACAUGUCAGAGCCAUCAGAUGAACCUUGUUAUUGUUCUGGAGACGGGUCCAAUCCGUCCACAGGACCUUCGGGAGCCGGCCUCGGUCCUGUAGAUGGUUCUGCGGUUCUGCUUGGGUCGGUUCUGAAGACAUCAGAGCUUAUAAAAUGUUGUUUUCUAUGAAUUAUCUGCUUAUCGUCCCAAUUCUGUCACUGAUCCAAAUAAGAUGUCCAACAGCGACCCAGAGCGGGUUCUGACCUGGUCCUGACCACUUGGUCUGGAGCAGCUCCACCCAUUAGCUGCUGACCUCUGGGUGGCGCUGCAGCACCUGCUGGGUUCCUGAACAAUGGCUUGUUGUUCUGGAAGAACCCGGAAGGUUCUGGUUCCACCUGCGUGUUGCAGCCGUCAUCAUCAUCAUCAUCAUCAUCAUCAUCAUCAUCGUCAUCAUCAUCAUCAUCAUCAUCAUCGUCAUCAUCAUCAUCAUCGUCAUCAUCAUCAUCAUCGUCAUCAUCAUCAUCAUCAUCGUCAUCAUCAUCAUCGUCAUCAUCAUCAUCAUCAUCAUCAUCAUCCUGUCGUCCAGUUCUUACUGUCACAGUUUGAACAUUUACUUUGAACUUUUAUCUCCAAGCUAAAUAUAAAUCUAAUAUUCAGCUAAACUUCAUAUAUUUAGCCUCAAAGUAAAUAGUUAGCUUGUUAAAUACAUAUUUAGCUCCAGGCUAAAUGCUUAGCUUGGAGUUAGACAUGCUAGCUAAAUAGUUAGCCUCAAGCUAAAAGUUUACAGCUAAACAUUUCGUUUUUAGCUAAACUCCAAACUGUGACGACGUUUAAACUCUGAAUAUUUCAUGAGAUUUUUAACCUCAGUCUGUUUGAUGUGAAAGUAAGUCUCUGUGGAAAUGUUCUGGUCGGGCUGCCGGUCCACAGAACCAGCAGGGAACCAUCUGUUGACCUGCCUGGUUCUGGCCAGGUUCUGGUUUGGUUCUGGUUGGUGAAAUUGGACUCAAGAGUUCUACAGAACCAGCAGUUUUGUUCUGUUGAGCAUAAAACCAACGCAGAACCAGGUGACCCAGUUGAGUUCAUGAGGACCGGUUUUGGUUCUGAUGGUCUGUCCCACAUUUCAGCUGAUGAAGAAUAAAAAGGUUCUGAUAUUUUUGGGUCGGACGUACUUUCCUUCAGCAGAACCGGCCGGGUUUUACCAAACCU